AUGAAGCUGACAGACAUCGUGCUGCUCAGCUUCCGUGUGGCCAGGGUGUUCCGGGAGAACUCGGACAAGAUCAACUGCUUCGAUUUCAGCCCCAAUGGCGAGACUGUCAUCUCCAGCAGCGACGACGACUCCAUCGUCCUGUACGACUGUCAGGAGGGCAAACCAAAGAGAACCCUGUACAGUAAGAAGUACGGAGUGGACCUAAUCAGAUACACACAUGCGGCAAACACUGUAGUGUGCAGUUCUAACAAAAUGGAUGAUACAAUCCGCUACCUGUCCUUGCAUGACAACAAAUACAUCCGGUACUUCCCGGGACACAACAAGAGGGUGGUCGCCUUGUCCAUGUCGCCAACAGACGAUACUUUUAUCUCUGGGUCCCUGGAUAACACCAUCCGGCUCUGGGAUCUUCGGUCUCCUAACUGCCGGGGCCUAAUGCAGCUCCAAGGAAAGCCAGUUUGUUCUUUUGCUCCAGAAGGAUUAAUUUUUGCUGCCGGGGUCAAUUCUGAAAUGGUUAAACUUUAUGAUCUUCGUUCUUUUGAUAAGGGGCCAUUUGCUACCUUCAAAAUGCACUGUGAUAGCAAUUGUGAGUGGUCAGGCUUAAAGUUCAGCAAUAAUGGCAAACUCAUCCUUCUAUCUACUAAUGGCAGUUUUGUCUGGCUGAUUGAUGCAUUUAAGGGAGCAGUAAUGCAUACAUUUGGGGGGUAUAACAACGGUAAAGCUGUCACAUUGGAGGCCUCCUUCACUCCAGAUUCUCAGUUUAUUAUGAUUGGCUCAGAUGAUGGUAAGAUUCACAUCUGGAAUGGAGAAAGUGGCAUAAAGGUGGCUGUGUUGGAUGGGAAACAUACUGGUCCCAUAACCUGUUUGCAAUUCAAUCCCAAGUUCAUGACCUUUGCCAGCGCAUGUUCUAACAUGGCAUUCUGGCUGCCCACCAUUGAUGACUGAUCAUUUAUCAAUAGCGUCUUCACAUUGAAGGGCAGCCAGUAAGAGGA